GUAUAGUACAUUCAUAUUUAACCACCCCGAUUCAGAUCAAUAGACGAGAAAAAUAUCCAUACACCUUAUUUAACUUUCAUUGUGAAUUUGUUAUACCAAUUUUAAAAAGUGCUUCAAGUCUAAGUGAAAGGAUAGAAAAAUAUGACUGAAUAAUACAGUCAGAUACAUUAAGGCAGACAACCAUACAAAUCAUCAUGUCGGACGAGGAGGAAGUGCCCCUUGUCAGUUUUGGGGAGGAUACAUACAAUGAAGAUGAGGAAACCCUGAAUAACAAUUCACGAACACUUCGCCUAAAAGAUCGCAGUACAAGUGUUCGCCGUGUUUCAUUGAAUACUUGUGUGAUAGGGUGCGUUUCGUCCUUCGUGAUUGGUUUAGUCGCAGGCUUUGCUAUAUAUUAUUUCAUGACGAGAGCCCAUGACAAUAAUUUAUCAUGCUGUGCCCUAUGCGGAGGAGAAGAGGGUUUGAAAUUUAACAAGAAUUCAUCACCUUUUCCAUAUGUUAAAUCCUCAAGUCCUGAAGUGACCAUUCCAGUUUCAACUGAAACUGUUGUGCAAACGAACAAUUCCGUCAGGCUAUUCACAAGCACUGAAAGCCCGCAAGGAAACGAAACGGAAUUGGCUACUUGUGCUCCAUGUCCAUCAAUUUCGUCGAACUCUACAGAAGAACUGCAAACAUUCAAAUCAUGUCCAACAAGGAAUCCAUAUAAGAAAUCGCCAAUCGGUCAACGAAAGAGUCCAUUUACACCUCUCGAUCCCUGGGAAGUACGUAAAGUCACCGAAAUCAUGAAGGGUCGGAAAUAUGUUACCAUCUAUCAAAGAUUUAACGAACACAGAAUCUCCCACAUGUAUUUAAUUCCACCAAGGAAAGAUGACGUUCUUGCUUAUUAUGACAGUGACGGUCCCUUGCCUCCGAGGUUUGCAAAAGUCCAUGUGAUUAGACCCAACAUAUCUGACAUCAUGUACUACAAAGUAGGACCAUUAGACCAACAUAUUAAUGGUGUACAGGUUGAAGAAAUGCUAUCCACCGGUCAUAUUCAUAUCAAUAUCCGUCCGUAUGAUUAUGAAGAGGAUCAACAACUGCAGAAACUCCUGCACCCGCAAGUAUUACAACUAUCACAAAUACUUCAUGACAGUUUUGACGGGGCCACAUAUCCCAAAGACAUCAGAGCAACGUUCGAACAGCUUCCGACGUCCUCAGUUAACGAACGACUUUCGCACAUGAACCUUGUAUUGAAUGGAGAAGGCUAUUUUACUCUUCGGCUCCUUCCAAUCUCUUGCACUGUGUCACACCCGGGAAUAGAUGUGACAAACUGGGAAAUCAAAGACUGGGUUUACCUAUCACAAGGUCCUUACAAUUCAACUAACGAACUGCUGAAUUCUUUUGAAAGAAAUCAGAUUCGAAAGGUUGUGUUUCCAAAAGACUAUAGGCAACAGCAUGCCGAUGAAUUGAACUUGAAACGUGACAUGUCGCUUCCCGAAAGAGCAUUUUCUAAUGUACCACCACCGAGAACAUACGAACCGCAAGGGGCGAGGUAUUCUAUAGAUAUAAAUCGCGUCGAAUGGAUGGGGUGGUCAUUCGAAUUCACUUCCGACCCAAUACGAGGGCCUGCAUUGUUUAAUAUACGUUUUCUUGACCAGAGAAUAGCCUAUGAAAUAUCAUUACAAGAUAUUACACUGCUCUAUCACCCCGACACAAACGGCCACGGUCCAUUAGCUUUGGCUGACACCGUGUUUCAUUUAGGAAGUAGCUAUGUACACCAACGGACGGGAUUAGACUGUCCAUCGCGAGGUACGCUUCUAAACGUGUCAAGUACUUCAGAUGGUUUUGCAAUACGUACUCCGUUUCAGGCCGCCUGUGUGUUUGAAGCCGAUGGACAGAGGGCACUGUGGCGUCACGCAAAAGGUGGCUUGGCGGACCAUUUCCUAGUUGUGCGUACAGUGUUGAUGUUAGGUAAUUAUGACUAUGUUGUGGAAUGGAAUUUUCGGUUGGAUGGUUCAUUGGAUACACUCUUAACUGCCUCUGGGUAUCUUUUUGGUGCGUUUUGGGACAACGGAUCGUUAAAUGAAACAAAAACACCUCCAUUUGGUUUCAAACUAGGAGAUUACAUGUCAGGCCCUAUCCAUGACCACACAUAUUCAUUCAAAGUUGACUUAGAUAUUAUUGGUAGUAAAAAUAGUUUUCAGAAAUUGAAAUGGAAAACAGGCGAUGUUCAUGAUAUCCUAAAUAUAUCGAAGGAACACGAUUUUCAUUACUUUAAUAUCACAAGAUACAUUGAAUAUGAAUUACUUGAAACGGAAACAAGUUUGAAAUGGAAUUCACAGAAACCCCAGUACUGGACAGUAAUAAACGAAGAGAUACAAAAUGCCUGGGGUGCACCCAGGGGCUACAGACUGAUUCCACAUUCAAGGGAAGCAGAGGUUUUGAAAGAUCAUCCUAUCCUUGCCGCCUGGGACCAUCUCGGCUACCAAGUGGCUGUUAGCCGCCGCAAGGAGGAUGAACAAUAUGCGACUAACACGUACUACACUACAUUGGCACCAAACGCUCCCCCAAAAGGCGUUGGGCAGAUGGUCCUCGACGGAGAGGCAAUUGGUAACGAAGACAUAGUAGUGUGGGUAAGCGAGAAGUUUUAUCAUAUACCAAGCGCCGAAGAUGUUCCGGUGACGAUAGGAGCAACUGCUGGGUUCACUCUCAAACCGUUCAACUUUUUCGAUAGAACCCCAACGUUCGACCUGCCGGCGCAUUAUCAAGGAACAAAUGACCCGUACGAGUUCAGACCCUGUGUGGAACAUUUGGGAGAUGAAACUUGAAACAUCUUGAUAAUGCGUAAUGUUUGGAAAAUGUUAUGAAAAUGUGAAUGAGUGGCCUUGCAACUAAUGACUGUUUGUUGUUGGAAAUUUAGACCAUUCUUCAUCGAGAUGGCACAUGCAUUCAUGGGAGAAAGCCAUCAUGUCUAUGAUGAAAUGCAGAUCCACAUAUCAGACCAGUGAUUGUUCUGCAAAGGUUUCCUCUGUAUAACUCAUGUGCAUACAUGUAAUAUUAUUCCUUAAAGUAACUCGCUCAUGUUCUUGGGCCAAAAAUAACUUUUCCCAGUCAUGCAUCUGGAAGCACUUAUUUUAUCACUAUUUUACUCUGUGAUAUCAAAAUUGCAGAAAAAUACAGUUAUAACAUAAAAAGGUAUUUUGAUUAAAGUGGGGUUCGAACCGAUUCUGGUCAAGUCAAGAAAAACAUAGAAAACAGCCUGCUAGUCUACACUGCCACCGGAACUUCAACAAACGUAGUGGAUAUGUUGACCGAUUAAUGAUACAUAGAUAACAUCACGUGAUAGUGUCAAUCAACCAAUCACGCAACACCACAGCCGUAAUUAAUUUUCAAGCGCGUUAUUAACGCUAAUGAAAAUUGUGGUUUGCAAAGACGAUAUAUGAGCAAAUAUCAACAUUUGCUGAAGGGUUCCAGCUUUUGGUAUUUUUGUUUUAACAGUCCUUAUGAUUUGCCACACUUAAUUUCGUAUUUAAAAAAGUGCAUUUUACAAACCAUGAGCGAGUUUCUGUAAUGUUUCAAAAUGAUAAGGAAGUGGCUACAUUGUAAUACGUAGUGUUCAAUUCACGAAAAUGAAUUGAGGGUAAAUAACAUUACAGAUUUUUAAUUCAAAA